AUGGCGCUUCUUUCACUCCCAGCGACCCCCUCCACGAUGGAUGCAUCUGCCGUCACGAAGUCUUUGCGCGUGGAUGCAAAGCGUGGCCUUUCUGCAGACGAGGUGGAGGAGCGACGUCGACAAUUUGGUAGUAAUGAACUUCCCACGAAGCCGUCAACUCCUUUUUGGAAGUUGAUCCUGGCGCAGUUUGAGGACACGCUUGUUCGUAUUCUUCUUUUUGCGGCCAUGACAAGUUUCGUUAUGGCAUUAUUUGAGAAGAACGCCGGGGAUUUUGUAGAGCCAUUCAUCAUCCUCCUCAUUCUUGUGCUAAACGCAACGGUGGGUGUCUGGCAGGAAAACCGGGCGGAGAGUGCGAUUGAGGCACUCAAGUCAUUUGUUCCGAAAACUGCCGUCGUGCUACGCGAAGGCAAGCUGGUCACUGUGGGGGCAGAAGAUCUGGUGCCUGGAGAUAUAGUAGAAGUAUCGGUAGGGAACCGUGUUCCUGCGGACAUGCGUGUGCUAGAGUUGCACAGUACUACAUUGCGUGCCGAUCAGGCGAUUCUUAAUGGUGAGUCUGUGGAGGCAAUCAAAGAGGCAGAUGCCGCAAUUGGCCAUCAAGAUCGCUUUCCUUCAAGUAUGGUCUACAGUGGAACGUCUAUUGUAUACGGCAAGGCACAAUGUGUUGUGGUGCGCACCGGCGCCUUCACCGAAAUCGGCUCCAUUGAACGGGAUGUGCGGGAGCAGGAAGAGGUGAAGACACCACUGCAGAUAAAAUUGGAUGAAUUUGGCAUGCUGCUUUCCAAAGUGAUUGGUUACAUCUGCUUAGCCGUAUUUGUGAUCAAUAUGGUGCGCUGGUACUCGGUACACACACCGACGCCAGAUGAGCCAUGGUAUGAGCGCUUUAUUGCGCCGGCAAUCCACUGCCUUAAAGUGGCGAUUGCGCUUGCCGUUGCCGCCAUUCCAGAGGGCCUUCCGGCCGUCGUGACAACGUGUCUGGCGCUUGGCACACGACGAAUGGCACGGCACAACGCGUUGGUCCGAGACCUUCCAAGCGUUGAAACCUUGGGCCGGUGCACGGUCAUUUGCUCCGACAAAACAGGAACCUUGACAACAAACAUGAUGUCCGUGAUGGAGAUCUUUACGCUGGGUGUGGACGGUAAUCCAAGGGAGUAUGAACUGAAGGACUCGAGGUUCAACGUCAUGCCAAAUGUCGUGACAUGUGGGGGCAAACCCGUGACAUCGGCUUUGGAAACGGACGGUGCCCUCAGUAUGUUGACUAACAUCGCCGUUCUCUGCAAUGAUGCCUCAUUGCAUUACAACACAAAGAAUGGUCAGGUAGAGAAAAUAGGCGAGGCGACGGAGGCGGCACUACUUGUAAUGAGCGAAAAACUUGCCCACGCCACCGAUCCCGCUGCAGUCUGUGCCUUUCGCAAACUGGCUGAACAAAAAUGGAAAAAGAACACCACUUUGGAGUUUACGCGUCAGCGCAAGUCCAUGAGUGUACAUGCCACAUCUACUGCAGGGGCUAAAUUAAACAGUUUAUUUGUAAAAGGAGCCCCAGAGGAGGUUCUGCGACGCUCGACGCAUGUGAUGCAAGUUGACGGGGUUGUUAUUCCUCUGAAUGAUGCACUACGCUCACGUAUCAUAGCGAAAAUUGAUGCCAUGUCAGGAAGUGAACAUGCACUUCGCUGCAUUGGAUUUGCUUUUAAGUCCACACAGCCUGUGCGAGAGUUGAAACUGAGCGACCCGUCUACAUUUGAGCAGAUUGAAUCAGAUCUCACAUUUGUCGGUGCAUGUGGCAUGCUUGACCCCCCACGUGCGGAAGUUCGGGAGGCCAUUGACAACUGCCGCACUGCUGGCAUCCGGGUGGUGGUGAUCACGGGUGAUCGCAAGGAGACAGCAGAGGCAAUCUGCAGGAAACUUGGUUUACUGCUUAAGACUGAGACGUCAGGGUUAAGUUACACGGGAGCUGAAUUCGAUGCGAUGAACCCUGCAGAAAAGCGAAAGGCGGUGAUGUCGGCCGUCCUUUUUAGUCGCACCGAUCCCUCUCAUAAGAUGCAGCUGGUGAAGUUAUUACAGGAGCAGAAACUUAUUUGUGCCAUGACGGGUGAUGGCGUGAAUGACGCACCGGCACUAAAGAAGGCGGAUAUUGGCAUUGCCAUGGGGAGUGGCACACAAGUGGCAAAGGCUGCAAGUAAGAUGGUUUUGGCGGAUGACAACUUUGCAACUGUUGUAAAGGCAGUAGGGGAGGGUCGUGCCAUCUUCAACAACACAAAACAGUUUAUCCGCUACCUUAUCAGCAGUAACAUUGGUGAGGUGGCAUGUAUUCUAUUGACAGGACUCUGUGGUCUACCGGAGGCCUUGUCACCGGUCCAGCUGCUGUGGGUAAAUCUCGUGACGGACGGUCUUCCGGCUACCGCUCUCGGCUUCAAUGCCCCCGAUGAGGACAUCAUGCAACAACCCCCACGACAUGUGGAUGAGCCCAUUGUGAAUGGGUGGAUGUUCCUACGCUACAUGGUGAUUGGUGUCUACGUUGGCCUUGCCACCAUCGGCGGGUUCUUGUGGUGGUUCCUCAGCCACGGCUUUAACUGGAAGGAUCUCACCACCUACGCGGCCUGCACAGACAUGCAGGAUGCAAAAUGUGCCAUCCUCGCUGACCCGGAGACGGCGCGUGCCAUCGCGUUGUCGAUUCUUGUCCUGGUGGAGAUGUUGAAUGCCCUGAACGCACUGAGUGAGAAUGCCUCCCUUAUCACAGCACGGCCGUCCAGCAACAUUUGGUUGCUGCUCGCCAUCUUUUCUUCGCUUGCGUUGCACCUGAUGAUUAUGUACGUACCGUUUCUGGCGGCUCUUUUUAACAUCGCCCCCCUCGGCGUUGACCCUCUCAUUGUGAAGGAGGCACAACCAUUUAGUGUUUUGGUGCCGUCUAACUUUGAUGAUUGGAAGGCGGUGAUUGUCUUUAGUGUGCCGGUGAUUUUUAUCGACGAGCUGCUCAAAUACAUCACGCGGCACAUGCAAGCAAGUCGGAAUAAAAAAAACAACUGA